AUGGCAAUGGAAAUUUUUCCGCUGCUGCUGGUUUGUUUUGUCCCGAUGGCUUGGUGCUAUAAAACAGGUCUUGUUACGGCCAGUUGUGUCAAUAUGCAACCCAACCACCCUGGGAACCCCCAAACAGGACCUUCACCUUACACCGUUACAACAGAUCCCAGCAGCUUCAUACCUGGACAGGCGGUGAAAGUUCUACUACAGGCUCCAGCGUCCAAACCGUUUACUGGCUUCCUAUUACAGGCUAGAAAACCGGGGAGUAAUUCGCCUGUCGGCUCUUUUACUGCAACAACAGGGACUCAACUGCUCAAUUGUGGGUCACCUAGCACAGCUGUAUCCCACACAUCAGAUUCUGCGAAGACCCAAAUCCAGGUGACAUGGACAUCAACGCCAUCAGUAAAUGUGGAUGCUGUUCAGUUUCAUGCAACCUUUGUGCAGAGUUACAGCACUUACUGGGUUGAUGUGACAACUCCUGUCCUGAAAUCCACUAAUUCUUCAUCAGGUUCUGGCUCUAUACCACAAGCUAGCAGCAUCUCCAGUGCAGACUGCGGUGUGACCAAAGUGUGCUUCAGUAAGCCGUCCAGCUGUGACCCUUCAGCCGACUUUACCUGUUAUUUUAUGUCAGCCACGAUGCUGUCUCCUGGUGGUCCAGCUGUCCGCUAUGAGAUGACGGGCCCCUCUAAUGGAUACAUCUCUUUUGGAUUCUCAGAUGAUCAGAAAAUGGGAAACGAUGAUAUUUAUAUUUGUGGCAUGAGCAAUAACGGCUCGGUGAUGGUUCAACACGCCUAUUCGACAGGAGAAACAGCUCCACUACCUCUUGCUCUGGGAAAUGUUUCUGAUAUAAAAACAUCAAUCCAGAACAAUGUGAUCAGCUGUUCCUUCACUUCCAUGAAUUCUAUUUCUACUCAGAGGUCGUCUUAUUUAAAUAAAACCUACUACCUCCUGUUUGCCUAUGGACCCAGCAGCAAUGGAAAUAUCCAGUUUCAUACUGGUACCUUUGCCAGUACUAACAAGAUGGACAUCACCACACCUUCGGUAGCCUCUCAUGACGAUUUUUCCUCUAUAAUGCGAGCACAUGGGGCACUGAUGCUGAUAGCCUGGAUGACCACAGGAUCACUGGGAAUGUUGGUGGCCAGAUAUUUGAAAAGAGCAGGCAAAGGAUUUAAAUUGUGUGGAAAGGAUUUCUGGUUUGUGGUCCAUGUUGCAGUGAUGAGUGUUACCCUGGCAGCUACUGCCAUUGCUUUCAUCCUUGCCUUUGCACAUGCACAGGACUGGUCUGGGGGAGCUCAUCCUGUGUUGGGGUGUCUGGUCACCAUUCUGUCUCUGUUCCAGCCCAUAAUGGCGAUGCUGCGCUGUGGGCCACAACAUCCGAUGAGGUUCGUUUUCAACUGGUCACAUUCUUUAAAUGCUCUUGUCAUCAAAGCUUUGGCUGUGGCAGCCAUUUUUACAGGUCUGGAGAGGGUUGACAGCACUACGGACGUCUGGCUGAUGAAAGUUAUGGGUGGUUUUGUUGGUUGGGAAAUUGUGUUCUACAUCCUGUUUGAUUUCCAUCUGAAAUGGAAGAUUCAAAAAAACAGAUCAGACUUCUGGGGAAUCCAAGGUGGUGAGACUAGAAAGUUAAAAUAAAAAUCUUUUACAGCAACUGCACAAGUAAAACAAAUAAUAUUCAAAUUUGUGUUUCAACAGGUCAAAGUUAGCACUCUGCUGAUGGUUCUGUACUUCUUGGGAAACCUUGUCUUUUUGGUGGCACUGCUGGCUGGAAUCGGGACGUUGUAAACAUAACCAAAGAUAAAAUAAAUACAGACUGCCUGGCCGAAAAAAAGUUGCCACCUGGAUUUAACUAAGCAAAUAGGUGGGAACCUCCUAUUGGGUAAUUAUUGCGGGGGGAUUAUCUUGCAGCUGCAACACACUAUUUAACCUCAACUGAUGCAAUGAGCAGCUUCUAAUUUCUUAAAUAACCAUGUGGAAAGACCCAUCGCGUGGUCGUGGGAAAGAUUAGUCUGUUUAAGAAGGAUCAGAUCACUGGGAUCAAGCAGAGAAAACAUCUAAGGAGAAGCAGAAACUACUAAAACUGGGUUAAGAAGUGCACUGUAAAAUCUCUUUAGUUACAUUCUCCUCCCAUGUCUCAAUCACAAUGUGUGCUGGCUCAGGGAUUCCACAUUGGCGCUAUUUGUCCCUUGCUGGUGGCUGUAGUUUCAAGAUGGCAGACCAUCAUGGCACUUAGCUAUCGGCUUACUUGUCUGAACAUGUUUGUAGCUGCCGCUUGGAUUACCACACACAGAAUGCAGAGAGCUUCGACUGAUGCUCGUUUGGUUCACUCCUCUUUAUAUCACACCUCACCAUGUGGCACCAUGAAAACUACAAAUGAACAAAUACAGAAUAUAGUGCCACAUUUCUUACAGACAAUAUACAUAAAUCACGUUUACAUUUACUUAAAGUAAAUCACGCACAGUGGUGUGGUGGUUAGCACCGCAGCCUCACAGCAAGAAGGUUGCUGGUUCGAAUCUCGGCUGGGGGGAGGUUCGAACCCUGAGGGCCGUGGCCUUUCUGUGUGGAGUUUGCAUGUUCUCCCCGUGU